GUAUGUACGUCAUGAAAAUUUUCAGGACACCAAAAUGCAUAUUAGGAUAUAUAUUUAAACUCAAGUUGUAGCAACCAUAUACUCGGAAAAGGAGCCGGCAUAGUACCCCCUGAACGCUUGCCGAGGCAGAUUUGAUAUUUCAAUACAAGUCAGUUGUUGCCAAGACAAGGUUUAAUAUUACACCUGUCAAUUGAAAGCGGCAAUGAUUUCUUUCAUAGGAAUAUUUUACCGAAUAGCCUUGCUGUAUGCAUUGGACACUAUAACAAGAUUACAACAUCUUUAUCCAGAUCAAGGACAAACUGUAUAUGAUUAUAUUGGUCUGGUAAUUUUAAGUUCUCUUCUGGUUUUGCCAACUAACAUUACUGAUAGAUGUUUGAGGUAUGGAUCAUGUUUUAUAAUCAUGAAUAUCAACUAUCACUUCAUGAAGCAUUAUAUUACGAACAACAACUUCUCUUCUGGCAAGGUAUUCAUUUUAACUAUGAAAUGUCCUCUGACAUGUGUUUGGAUGAAGUCAGACUGGAUGUACUAUUUGAAUAGUUUUAUUUGCAAUGUUAUUAGCAAUAAUAAGCUAAAUGUAUCUACUUACGCAUUGAUGUUAAUUGUAUUUGUAUGUUUAUAUGUAACUAUACUUAUAUUUAGAUUGGCUAUGGAGCAUAGAACUAAAAUGUUAUUAUGGUUAACAGUAACAAUCACCUUGCAUGUUUUCCUACUCUACUUGUUCCCUGUUAAGUCUAUAAUUUCCUCUGAUGUCAAUCUAAAGCUAACAGUAUUAUUAGUAGUACAAUUAGUUUUAGCAUGGGUUUAUCUCAACACUUUCAGUAUUCAUGGAUACACGAAAAGCGUGUUGAUUUCUGCCUUUCUUUAUACAGAAACAGUUCCGUUGUCAUAUUUCAUUUUUCUGAUUCUGACUGGUUGGUAUAUUGUUCAAUGUCUCGCCAGAUUAGAUGAAUCCAAUUUACAAGGACUGGAAUCUUUUGAUAUAAAAAGAUGGUCCCAGUCUCACUACAGGGAAAUGUUACUUUCUCUUUUCUUUUAUUCCAUGUUUAACAUCAUAUUCACUGGAUUAAUUACAUAUAUACAGAGCUCGUUGAUUAUAAGACAUGUUCAGUUAACCGUUAGUAUCUUCUGUAAAUCAUGGAUAGGAAUUGGUUGCUUCAUCAUUUUUGUAUUCUUCAUUUCAAGAGCAGUCAUGGCUGCUUGCAUAUUUUAUUUACGAGGAUUUAGAAGAAUUCGAAUUAGAAUAGAAAAUCCAUGUUUGUCUGACUUAUGGAUUAUGGUCUUCCUGGUGGUACACUCUUCCGAAAAAGAUACUCAUAAUCAGGAUCAAUAUCUGAUAGCAGGCGUACUAAUGAUCGUUUCAACUCUUUUGAAUGAUAUGCAUAAUACUGCAGAGCCUGUUUUAAUGGAAUUAAUUGCUAAUAAAGGAAUGACACGGAGGCAGCUGAUGAUUUUUACUUUCUUUGGGAUCUUGGGGCUAGUUCCUGUUUUUCUAAUUUUCAACCUUCAAGAGGAGAUGAAUAUUCUAUCAGUAUGGUGGAGGGGAGUAUAUUUGAUGAGUUUGAUUCUUACAGCAGUUCAGGUUAUUUCCUCCUUGUCAAUGCAUUGUAUUUUGAGAUUUUCCCUUUUCAAUUCGAACUUUAAAAAAGCUACAAACUGUGUCUUAGGGCUGUCUUUAUCUUUCCAUAUCUUUUAUGGUAUAUCGUUUUUACUAUGGUGUAUUUCAAGUAUAACACUAAGCAUAUCUGGAUUGAUACUAUUGGUUCUCUCACCUGGAUAUUUUUACAGUCAGUGGCAACAAGCAUGGGAAAUGUUAAAACAAAGACAAUCUAAAAUCAGCCGUCUCGCAUGGAGGCCUUGUAAAUGGGACAGUCGACUUGUUGCAAAUGACGAUAAAUGUUCGGUAUGUUUAUGUCCGUUACCACUUAAUUCUUUGGGUAACUUAAGAAUGAGUUUUUGCCAUCACAUUUUCCAUGAAAGUUGUAUUCGAAAAUGGUGUGGUAUAGGGAACGAUUGUCCUUUGUGUAUAUGACAAAAUAUGCAAAGGAUUUCUUAGCGAUAGCACAUGUUUUUCGGAGUAGUUUGUUGGUGUUCACGAAUCAUGUUUUCCCACACAUGGCAUAUUGGCUUAUUCGUAUUUUGUUUAGUGUCCUGUAAUUUGAGUUUACUAUAUUAUUGUUACUUGUCUUGAAGUAAUUUUUCUGAACGAUGACAAUAUGAGAAAAAAAUUUCUUAAUGAUGAAAAAUAUUGAAGGCAACUGUAUUUUGUGCAGCUUGAUUCUCAUUUAUUAUUAUCAAAUUAAAUAAAAAUCACAUGAAA